AUGGCGGCGAAGGUCAAGUCAUACGUGGAGUCCGUGGGCCUCGCGGUCCACAAGGAGGAGGAGGGCGAGGGGCUCGAGUCUUUGGGAGCUGUCCUGACGGGCCGUCCAUAUGUCAUUGGGUCGUGCCCGUUGAAGACUUGUCGCCUGGCCCCCGUGACUCUCGCCUUGGUGGAGAGACCCUACUGGACAGCGGCCAUGUUGGAGCGCCUCGUCGGGCUCUGGGCUCGGACGGCGGCGCGGGCCGAGCUCGCCGCUGCCGCCUACUGCGCCCCGCUCAUGGUCACCUACCUGGAGUCGCUCUGGGCCCGCCAGGCCUUCACGACCGACUCUAACGACGUAGGCUACGGGGUUGCCGUCACCCAGGAGGACGCCUGGCAGGAGGGCUGCGGCGGCUACGCCCACGACAUCGACGAGUUGGCGCAGGCCGCGGCCCCAGUCACGCGUGGCCCGAGCGGGCGGGCGUUCCGCUUCCUCUACCUCUUCGCGGGGGUUCGGCGGCCAGGAGACCUCGAGGAACACCUACGGCGGCGCGCGAAGAGCGCUGGCAUCCUCAUCGAGGUCUGGUCCCUGGACGCGAUCAUCGACCCGAAGCGCGACCGUACCGACCCCGAGUUUCUGAGCGUCAUCGCGAGGCUCGUCGACAAGGGCUACUUCCAUGGGGUGCUGGCAUCACCCCCGCGCUCGACCUGGAGCCGCGCCCGUUUUCGAGGUCAUGAGCCCCGCCCUCUGCGCACACAUGCGGAGCCAUGGGAGCGCGCAGACAUCAGGCUGACCUCAUGGGAGCGGCGGCAGCUCGAGCUGGAGACCAAGUCGCUCAUGACGGCGCUGACGGUGAUCCGCGCGGUCUGCACGGCCGGUGGGGCUGGCCUGUCGGAGCGCCCGUCCGACCCAGGAGAGCCGCCCUACCCGUCGAUCUGGGACCUCGUGGAGUUGAAGGACCUCGUCAAAGAUUUUGGAGGAUGGGUCAACUACCUGGACCACGUGCCGCUACGGCGCCCCCUCCAAGACGCCGACCACGGUCGGCAUCUUCGGCACAUUCGACAG